AUGGCUGUUUCUGGUUUCGAAGGCUUCGAAAAACGGCUAGAGCUUCAUUUCAACGGAGACGACAAUGGCCUGGCGGCAGUCAAACUCGGUCUCCGGCGAAUUGAUUUCGAUUCAAUUAACAAAGUCCUACGUCUCGUCCAAUGCGACGUCGUUUCGGCCGUCGGAAACCAUUUCUUCGAUGCUUACGUGUUAUCAGAAUCGAGCUUGUUUGUGUACCCAACCAAGAUGAUCAUCAAGACAUGUGGGACCACUCAGGUUCUCAAAUCGAUCUGGCCCUUGAUACGCUUGGCGAACGAUCUCGGCCUCACGUUAUGCGGGUGUAGGUACACUCGAGGCAGCUUCAUCUUCCCUAAAUCACAGCCGUUCCCUCACGUUAGCUUCAAGCAAGAAGUGGUUUACAUCGAAGAGAAUUUACCGGACAAUCUUUGCUUCAGGAAAGCAUCUGUUAUGCUCUCGAAACUCCCUUCGUGUUCGUGGCAUGUUUUCUCCGCCGGAAACGGUGAUCAUUUCCUUUCCGGUGACACUUUCACCGUCGAAGUUUGCAUGACGGGACUUGACCGAGUAAUGGCUCGGAAGUUCUUCCAAACAAACCACCACUCGUCGGCUGCAAAGGGAAUCGAAAACAUUAAUCCCCGAGCUUUCGUUUGUGAUUUAGAGUUCGAUCCUUGUGGUUAUUCGAUGAAUGGGGUCGACGGUGAUCGUUACUCGACGAUCCAUGUUACGCCUGAAGAAGGGUUCAGCUACGCGAGCUUCGAGUGCGUCGGAUCCGUUUACGAUGACCAGGACGACAUUUUCCACACCUUGAAGAAAGCGGUUCAGGUCUUCAAGCCGGCGACGGUUUCGGUCUCGACUACGAGCCAUCAACGUGAGGGUCGGACGAGGGUGGCUCGUGCCAUGGAACCGUUGGGACUCAAUUGCCGGAGUUUUGCUAUGGACAAGUUCCCUGCCGCCGGUACGAUUGUUUUUCAGACGUUCACGGCGGCUCGCAGAAAAUGA